AUGGAAAUAUUAAACCCAAGGCGUAUUCUCGCCCUAGGCGCACCGGACGCUGGCGUCCUUACACUCCUCAAAGAACUCACCGGCUCAACCCCCUCCGCCGUAUCCAACACCAUCGCCGGCCUGACGCACGACUUCCCCCUCACGACGAAAUACUACACCGCCACGCUCCCGAUCUGGAUCGACGAGAUCCCCUCAACCACGCUCUGGCGCGACGAGUUCAGCAAGCCCGAGGCGCGGGAAGUCGUGUCCGCGCUCGGGGCGUGGAUAUUCUGUUUCCGCAAGCCUGUGAGCGAGGAGGACGUCACGGCGAUCCGGGAUGUGCUGUCUGCGAUCGCGGACGUGAUUGAGAAGGCGAUGGGGUAUGCGGCGGGGGACCAGGUGUGUCUUGCGGUUGCGAUGCCGCAGUCGACGACGCCGUAUUUGGAGAAGAGUGGGGAGGAGUGGGAGGAGGUGUGCUUGGAGUAUGGGUUUGAGUUUGUGGAUUUCGAGAAGAGUGGGAAGAAUGAGUUUGGGGAGGAGAUGGGGGUUAAGAGGGUCAGGGCGGCGUUAGAGGCUAAUGAUUGGGAGGGUGGUGGUGGGGCGGGGAGUGAUGAUGAGGGGGGAUUGUUGAGUUUUGAUGGGGAGGAGGGGUUCGAUGCUGAGGAGUCGGAGAUGGGGAGGGAGUUCUUUGGGUUGAGGAGUGCGUUGGAUGCUAGUAGGCAUUUUGAUGAUGACGAUGGUGAGGAAGAUGGAGACGAGGAGGGUCAGGUGGAGGAACUGGAGAACAUGAUGAGGAAGAUGGUUGCUAUCAAAGAAAUGGGCGAAGGUAUGCCUGAAGCGGAGCGCAAACGAUUUGCCGCGAAGGCCGUAUCAGACCUCAUGAAAGACCUGUAG